CAACACAACCCCUACCUCCACGCAAACCAAACCCCACGCACAACAACCGAAGGAGCUAUCAUCAUCCCCCUUAUCCACCCCCCUCAUCAUCACUAUCGGUUUAAACAACCUCCCCUGAUGCCACGCCUUGCUGCCUCCGGCUAUGAGAGGCUUGCUCAGGAGGCUCAGCUUUCCGAUUCGGAUGAUGACGACCGGGAAUCCAUCGUGGAUCACCCCGGCCGGGUUGUGACGGUUCAGCCUCGUCCACCCACCUCUAUGCUAUCAACUCCCUAUGGGCCUGUCACUCCGUCUCACAAUGGCAGAUCUAUGAAGCGCCUGCGAAGUAAUAGCUCUGGUGUUGAUAUCAAAGCGAUCAAUGCGCGUUUGGAGCGGUGGAGUCACGAGAUUGCCAACAAAUUCAAGUUCAAGAAAGGGCGUUCGCAGCAGGAGCAUCCACCUUUGGAAAUCGUUUACUCGGUCUUUGUACCACCGGAGGGCACGAGACCGCUUACGGAUGCCAGCCCAUUGGGCCUGUCACCGGUGGCGGAAAACAUUCAGUUUACCCAGGAUCAGUUCGAGGAGAUAGUCGAAUCCGUCAGGCUGGCUAUUAGGAAAGGAAUCGAUCCUAAAUUGAUCAAGCAGGGCUCCUCCGGAAGCUACUUUAUGCGGGAUAGUGAUGGCAAUGUUGUAGGAGUAUUCAAACCAAAGGAUGAAGAGCCCUAUGGGAAGCUUAAUCCUAAAAUGAUGAAGUGGCUUCAUCGUACUUUGUUCCCUUGCUUUUUCGGUCGUGCGUGCUUGAUACCCAAUCUUAGCUACAUCUCUGAAGCUGCGGCUUGCCUUUUGGAUCGGCAGUUGAAGACAUUUCUUGUUCCUUAUACAGAUGUUGUCAAGCUGUCAAGCAAAUCGUUCCACUAUGACUACUGGGAUCGGCGAGCUUACUAUAAGAAGCACAAGCCAUUGCCAUCUAAGGUUGGCAGUUUCCAAGUGUUUCUUAAGGGGUUUCAGGAUGCAAACGUUUUUCUGCGAAAGCACCCAUGGCCGGACCAGUUCAAUUCAUCUGGCGCUGUCGAUGAUGACUCUGACGAAGAGUCUCACACACCAUUGUCAGUGGAUGACCCAGAUAAUCGCCGGUUUGUAUGGACUGAGCAGCUGCAGCAAAACUUUCGCGAGGAGCUUGAGAAGCUCGUAAUUCUAGAUUAUAUUAUGCGGAACACAGAUAGGGGUUUGGAUAAUUGGAUGAUCAGGGAACCAAUGGUUGCAAGCUCAAGGUCCGAAACCCCUCAACCAGGUGCCGGCGCUGCGUUGACUAUCGGUGCCAUUGACAACUCGUUGGCCUUCCCUUGGAAGCAUCCUGAUCAAUGGAGGAGCUUUCCUUUUGGAUGGCUCUUCCUCCCGGUGUCUCUCAUCGGUCAGCCCUUCUCCCAGAAGACCAGGGAUCACUUUCUACCAAUCUUGACAUCUGCGAAAUGGUGGGCGGAAACACAAACCCUACUUCGUCGAUUGUUUGAGCAAGACUCAGACUUCAAGGAGAGAAUGUUCCAGAAACAGAUCGCAGUGUUGAAGGGUCAGGCGUUCAAUGUAGUCGAAACCUUGAAAACACCUGACCAGGGUCCUCUAGAAUUGACGAGGAGAACGAGGGUCCACGUUUGGGAUGAUGAAAUGGAAGUUCCGGUUGCCGUUCCACUACGUGUGCCUACCACGUCUGAUGCUAGACAUCGGCGGGGGCAUGACCUUGAACGAGGUUUCAACGAACAGGUAGAGAUGGAUAUAGGGGCUGCUGCCUCGUCGGCUCCUCUGUCUCGAGAGAUCGAUAUACUAGGACUAGGGCUCUCGCCGCCACGUUACGAGAUACCAAGUUCCGUGAGGUUGGGAAUAUCUAGAACCACUAGUAUUGGAUCUAGACGCGCAGGUAUCCGUAGUGGUGCUCCGGGCUCCCCAAGACCGCAAAGACUGGAUUACAAGAGCUUCGAUGCUGGCAGCCGAAAUGGGCCGUCUAGGAGGAAGGAUGCUCCGGGCCUUCUCGACCCUCGAAGGCGGAGGUUCUCGCUGACAGGUGGCCUUGGCGGAGGUCCCCCGCGGAACGUAUACAACGAUGAUGAUGCAGAAGGCGAUUUGGGAUACUCGGCUGUUGGUGGCAGCGAAAGUGCGCAGAGGAAGGUCAUCGUCGAGAGGUUAGAGGCCGUCAAGUCCAGGAAUCCGGUAUUCACUUGGUGUUAG